AUGCUCGCCUCUCGACAUGGCCUCAUCCUCUGCAUCAGCACGAAACCCAGCCCGGUUCGCUACUACAUCUGCAAUCCAAUUACCCGGAAAUUUGCCAUCCUUCCUGAAACCAAAGGCCCCUCAGAUUCCUACUCAACCGGGUUCUUCGUGGACCGCAAGUACGGUCACUACAAAGUCAUAAAAAUCCCUGGUUUAGCAGCCAGAAACACCUUUGCAUUUGUCGAAACAUUUUCUUCCGAGUCAGGUAAAUGGAGGUUGUUGAAGCUGGAAUUGUCAUCCCCUUACUGCCUGUUUUCGCACAUGUGGCCUGCGAUUCAGUGGAACGGGUCGCUCCAUUGGGUUGACGGGCUUGGCUCGAUCCUCACCUAUGAUGUGACAGAAGAGAAAUUCAAGUUUUUGGAGAUACCAUGUGUGGAUGUCAGGAACCAACGUCCGUUCAAGCGUGUUGUCAUCAAAUAUGGGGUACUGGGCGUGUCCGAAGGAUUGCUUUCUUACGCGUUUUCUGAUGCAUAUAUGCUUCACGUGUGGGUGAGAGUGCGCGACUGUUGGGUGGUGAUGUGGAGGGUUUCUUUGGUGUCAAUGGUGAGCAAAAACUUGGAGGUGUUGACAAGAUUGAUGGGGAAUUUGAGGUUUGAAAACGGGAUGGGACAAAUGGGACGGUUGUUGCAGUUGAAGCCGGUGUGUUUCAAUGAAUUUGAUAGGACAGUGGUGUUUUUGAGGGUGCCUGGAUGGAUUGUUUCAUACCACUUUGAGAAUGGGAAGAUUGAAGCCAUUCAAGAUCACUCAGAGGAACACAAGUUUGAGGUUGCAUUCCCCUAUGUUGUUCCCCAGUUGCCUUUUACUGUGGAGUUCAACAGAUAA